AUGCGUUCUCAAGAUGGAGUCGAUCUGGAACGGAAACCCUUACUCGACCGACGCUCGCGGAAGCUCUUCCAGAUCCUGAACUACAACUGGGCGAUCUUCCCGUGCACGGCCUUUUUGUCGUUCCUAGGAGUAUAUUCUCUGAUGGUGUGGGCCGGAGUUCCUGAGGCGAUCGUGCAACCGGGGGUGCUCUGGACACGCGACUGCACGAUCAUUACCCUCAUCAUCACCCCGUUCCUCCUCGCCCAGUUCCCCCCCUACUACAUCCUCUGGGGGAUGUGCUUCCCCAUCCGUCCGUUCUCAUACGCCCAGGCCCCGAAACAACGAUCAUUCCGCAGCCUGCGCGUCGUUCUUACCGUCCUCAACACCGUCGAACUCUGGAAACCCCUCAGCCAAGUCUUCCGCAUCAGCUUCGUCGUCGUCGUCGACUCAGCCCACAACCCCUUCACCACCCUCCUCCCCAACUGGGUCGAGCAGCUACAAUGCCCGCCCGCCUUCCAGGCCGCGCGCGCCACCCACAAGGCCCGGGUGUUGGAGUGGUACCGGCGCCACAGCAGCCUCACCGACCGGGACUGGGUGCUGCACCUGGACGAGGAGACGGAGAUCGACGACUACCUCAUGCAGGCGUGUUUGGAUUUCAUCGAGCGGGGGAGCGAUGAUAUCGGGAUGGGAACGAUCUACUACAACGCCUCCUCGCACUGGAAACACCCCGUCACCACCGUCGCCGAGAUCUUGCGCAUCGCCGAGAACUUCGGCCGGUACCAGCUCCCCGUGCGGUUUUUCCGGCAGCCGCUGCUCGGGUUCAUGCGCGGGAGCUUUCUACUGCUAAACGGCACGGUCGAGAACGCGGUCACCUGGGACACGGACUGUUUGACGGAGGAUCAUUGGUUUGCUUACUACGCCGCAAAGCAGGGUUUCAAAUUCGGGUGGCUGAACGCGAUCGCGCGCGAGCAGGCCCCCUCCACGCUGGGCGAUCUGCUCCGCCAGCGGCGCCGGUGGUACAGCGGGGAGCUGAUGAUCCCCAGCUGGGCGCUGCGCGUGAUGGUGGCGUUUAAUAUGUUGGAGUUUGUGGCGCAUUUCUGUUUAAUGAUGACCAUGAUCUACGGCGGCUGGACCAUCUCCGUCUCCUACGGCUUCUUCGUCUGGACCACCUUCAACCUGGCCGUGCUGCUGCACGGCCGCGUGGUCGCGUGUCUGCUGGAGGACCUGGACUGCCAUGCCACGGCGCUGCUGGAUAUUCCGGUGCAUGUGGUGCUGACGGUUGUGCUGGCGCCGGUGGUGGAUUUGGUGCAGGCGGCGACGUUUUUGUGGACGGUUGUACGGCCAACGAGGGAGUUUACGGUUAUUCGGAAGGAUUAG